AUGUUAUUUGCUAGAAUAUCAAAAGAGAUUCAACUUUCAGUAAAAGAGGGAGGUACUUCAGAUCCGAGUCUUAAUGUAAGAUUAGCAGCAGCUCUUGCACAAGCAAAGAAAGUCGGUUUACCCAAAGAUACAAUGGAAAAUGCAAUUAAAAGGGGAUUAGGACAAGGAAAAGAUCAAAAUAAUAUUGAAAGUUUAAAAUAUGAAGCAUACGGACCUGGAGGAGUAGUAUAUAUAAUAGAGGCAUUGACGGAUAAUAAGAAUAGAACAUCUAAAGAGAUUAAAAGUCAUUUCAAUAAAGCUGGGUACGAGGAUCAAUGUCAAGUGUUUCAUGGAUGGUCAAUUCAAUUUCAUUCAGGCAACAAUAAAGAAAAAGACACAAUUGAUAAAAUGAUGGAUAAUGUUAUAGAGAUUGAAGGAAUUGAAGAUAUAAAAGAAAUAACAUGUGAACCUUUGAAUGUCAACAAAAUUACUAAAGAAAUAAAAGAGAAAUAUGAUUAUGAAGUAAUAAGUAUUAGGAAUAGUGGAUAUAUUCCAAAGACAAAAGUUAGUGUUAAUGAAGAAUUGAUGGAAGUAAUUAAUAAAUUGGAGGAUGGACUGAAUGAAGUUGAAGAUGUAGUAAGAAUUUACAAUAAUUUUGAAUAA